GUUUAGCGAUCUCAAGGAAGAAAAAAAAAAGGAAAAUAAAAUUCUUCUCGUUCUCUCCCGCCGAAAUUCCACCAAUUUCUGCAGAUGGCGACGGCGGUGCCGGACAAUCUAAGCCGUGACCAGUACGUUUACUUAGCUAAGCUUUCCGAACAAGCCGAGCGCUACGAGGAGAUGGUCCAGUUCAUGCAAAAGCUCGUCCUCGGCUCAACUCCUGCCGCCGAACUCACCCUCGAGGAAAGAAACCUUCUCUCGGUUGCCUACAAAAACGUGAUAGGAUCUCUACGCGCCGCUUGGAGAAUCGUUUCUUCCAUCGAGCAGAAAGAAGAAGGUCGGAAGAACGAGGAACAUGUUGUGCUCGUUAAGGAAUAUAGAUCGAAGAUCGAAGCUGAAUUGUCGGAUGUUUGCGCUAGUAUCUUGAAUUUGUUGGACUCGAAUCUGAUCCCGUCUGCUGCGGCGAGUGAAUCCAAGGUUUUAUAUUUGAAGAUGAAAGGGGACUAUCAUCGGUAUUUAGCAGAGUUUAAGGUUGGUGACGAGAGGAAAGCAGCUGCUGAGGAUACUAUGCUGUCUUACAAGGCUGCUCAGGAUAUUGCGCUGACGGAUUUAGCACCAACGCACCCUAUCAGGUUGGGACUGGCGCUGAAUUACUCGGUGUUCUAUUAUGAGAUUCUCAAUCAGUCUGAUAAGGCUUGUAGCAUGGCUAAACAGGCAUUUGAGGAAGCCAUUGCUGAGCUUGACACUCUGGGAGAAGAGUCUUACAAGGACAGCACUCUCAUUAUGCAACUCCUAAGGGACAACCUUACUCUAUGGACUUCAGAUGUUCAGGACCAGUUAGAUGAGCCAUAGAAGGUGGUUUAAUCCUUGUUAGUCCUGUUCUUCUUCUGGAGGGGGUGGACUUUGAAUGUCAUUUGCUAAUGCUGAUUAAACUGUGUAAUCUAAAAUUGGGAUUUGAAUUGACCUUGACAUAAUGUUGCUAUUAUCUCUGUAACGCCCGACUAGUUUUCUGAAUUUGGAAGUGACUGAUAGGCAGCGUUUUCCAACUAGUUAGUUAUAUUUAAUGCACAGUAGCAAUUCUUAGCUAUGGUAGAAGUUUUCCAAGAUGGCAUAGAGAAUUGAACAUAAUAA